AUGUCACACACCGCCGUACCGAAGGAUGGAGAACUAAAGCCGGCAGCGUCCGGUGCCGAAACUGCGACGGCUUCAGAGUCUGCGCUGGCGGCGACGGCGGAGCCCUCCCAGGCAUCCCGCGAGGCCGUAAAGUCUGCCGAGUCCCAGCUCGACGGCAAGCCGUCUGUGGCAGCUCCAGAGUCGACCGUAGCGUCGCCGGCGCGGUCAGAUGGCGCCGGCGACUCCUCCGAGUCGGGCGCCGCCAGCCGGUCCCACUCAUCCGAUUCGCUGGUGACCGAGACGGGCGACGGGGAAGAGUAUGAGGACAGCCCAGCGCUGGCGGGCUCGGAGUCGGAGCUCAAUGGCACGGGGCGCGACGAGACGCACGAGCUGCUGCAGGAGCUGGAGACGGACGCCGUGGAUCCGAACGACGGCUUCAAGGUACUGGACGAGCUCUUCACCGGCGGCAAGAUCAACGAGGUGCAGUACAAGGACCUGCAGCGGAAGCACAAGUACCUGCAGUCGAUGUUCUGGGUGUGCGUGCAGAACAGGGCCGGACUGAGGGACGACAUUAAAGAGACGAACGCCUUUUUGCACGAGUUGAAGGAAAAGGCCAGGCUAGAGGAAUCGAGUAAAGACAAGAGGGAUCCCGUGGAAGAAUUUCCUGAAAUCCACACGGUAGCUGAUCUUGAAGGCAAAAGUGUGGACGACCUUAAAAGGUAUUUGGCGUCGUUUGAGCAGCAACGUAAGUCAUUGGAUAAUUCGAUCUAUCAAAUCAAAUUUAAAACCAGGCACAUGCAAGAGGAGCGGGAGCAGCUAAAGGAGAAGGUUGAUGCAGACAAUGUGUCUAGUUCAAAGAUCUACUUGAAUAGUCCCGCGAUGCUGGAGAAAGAGGUUCGCGAAAUCGGUGUUGAGAUACGCGUUCGCAAGCAAGAAAUCCGCAACCUGAUCGACGACAUCGACACCCGCGAGCGACUCGUUCCACAGAAGGAAGCCAAGAUCAAGAAGCUGGAGGAGAAGAUAGCGGUGCUACAGGAUGAGAAGGAGGGGCUGCUGCCGAAAAUGGUGCUCGUCACCCGAGACGCGGACCGCGAAGAAAAACACUGCGCCAAACUGAAGAAGCAGAUGGAGGCGCUGGGGUCGGAGGUAUCCGUCGUCAUCAGCGAGCUCAAGGAAUCCACCGACGCCUCCCAGAAGAUCGACAACGAGCGGAACGAGCUGAUCAAGGCCAUGGACAAGGAGUACAAGCUACUGGACGCCAAGUCGAAGGAGUGCGCGAACCUGUCGCGCGACACGACCACCUGUCGGGAGCGAGGCGCGCUGCUGAUGGACGAGAAGAACCGCGUCGAGGCCAGGCUGGCCAUGUUGGCCAGCGAGAUCCGCCAAGAGACGCUGAGCGAGCGCGACAUGCACAAGGCGCUGGAGCGGGUGGAGCGUGACCUCCGCAGCGGGGAGCAGGCGCUGCGCGCGCAGCGCGACCUCCUGACGGCCACCAAGAACGAGAUGGACAAACUGACCAAGCAGGUGCAGCAGCAGAGCCGGCAGGCGAGCGAGCUGCCGGCGCUGCGGAAGGCGUUGCAGAAGGAGGUGGACAUCGCGCACGGCGACAGUAACAUGCUGGCAACGCUGACAUCGGUGGAGCUGCAGAACCUUAAGCGCCUGGCCAAGGAACGAGCCCGGCUGAUCCGACAGCAGGAAACGCUGACCAAGUCGCUGGACACGCUGAGCAGGCAGCACAGCAAUCUGAUCCGGCAGCGGGACACGAAUGCCAGGGUCCUCCGGAAGCUGAGCGGCGAGGUGGAGCGCAACGAAGACGAGCUGCGCAACCGCAUCACCGUGGUGGCCAAGUUCAAGAAAAAGUACGAGGAGACUGAGAAGCAAACCAAGGAGCUGUCCGACCGCUACGAGCUGAUGAAGAAGGAGCGAGACGAGAUGUCGGCUCAGCUUAACAUCUCGCUCACCAACUGCGACGAGCUGCUGAAGAAGACGCAGAUCCUGCGCUCGCAGCAGGACACCAUGCUGAGCAGGAAGCUGGAGCUGGAGCGGCAGCACGCCGUCACGCGCCAGAAUACGCUGAAGACGAUCCUCGACAAGACCAUGACGCAGAGCACGAUGAACCAGGAGAAGGACGCGAUGAAGGAGUUGGAGGCUACGUGCGACCAGCUGGACAUGAUGAUCACUUGCAACCAGGCGGCGCUCAACGCCAUCAAAGAAACGGUCAUGUCCGACCUGGAGGAAUACAAGCGGCAGGUGGUGGACCGGAACGAGCGGGGCCUGCUGCUGGUGGAGCGCGACGAGGAGGUGUGCGCCUUCCAGGAAAAAAUCAGCCUGCAGGAGCUGUUCAUCGAACGUGGCUAUGGCCAGCUGGACGCCAUGGAGAAGGACAUCUGCGAGCUGAACACGAUAGUGCGCUCCGAGCAGCACCACAUUAAGUGCUUGCGGGCCAAGCGCGCCGAGAUGGACACGAUGGAAGCCGGGCUGGCGGCCACACGCUGCCAGCUGCAGCAGCUCAACGUGCGCGCCGGCCGUGCGAGCGACGAGAUGGAGACGCCCGCCCUGCGCCGGUGUCGCCAUCUGGCCGGGCCGGACCGCGCCGACGACAACAUCCCGGCGCACCUGUGUCGCAUCGAACUGCAGCUGUACGAGGCCGAGCUGCGGCUGCUGGAGCGCCAGAUGGUGGACGCGCAGCUGGAGCGCCUCGUCGGCCGGCUGCGCGCAGAGAUCAACGCUACGCGCGCCGACUCGGAGCGCCUCGCCAAGCGCGCGAACGUCGAGAAGCGCGCCGCGCGCUCCAACUACCUGCCGGCGGCGGGCAGCGCGCUGCCCCUGCCGCGGCCGUACGGUGCGUUCGGGCCGUUCAAGCCCCAGACGCACGGCGCCAGGUUCCGCCAGAUGCAGCGCAUGGUGGGACGGGGUCAGAAACAGUAG